UAUCUCAUCAUCAUCACACUUAAGAACAAAAUCAAAACACAUACAGUGAUGGAAGAUCAUCAAAACUUGCUAGUAUCCUCAUCUUCAUCUUCAUCAAUGCUGGAACUAGAUGUAGAAAAUGGACAUUAUUAUUAUCCAACCUUCUCCUCCACUCCUUCCUCCUCUCAUCACCUUGAACUGAAACAUCUUCUUGAAACCCAUCCUUGUUGGUGCUAUGUCAUUUUCUGGCGCUCACUUAACACUGUACCACCUUCUUCUUCUUCUGAGCUUGUCUUGACAUGGGCCGACGGUCAUUUCAGAUCUUCAUCAUCUGCAGCUGAUGAUAAGAAGGUGGUGCAGGGAAAGAGAUCAGAUAGCCGAGAAUUGUAUGCGCUUUUCGACAUGGAGAGCAGUGAUGUAGACGGUAAUGACCCAGAAUGGUUUUACCUUAACUCUAUUUCCCGUAGUCUUCCUGCAGGAGGAGCUGCUGCCAAGGCUUUUAUAUCUGGGAAUUAUGUCUGGCUUGAUGGCUACCAGGAACUGGGGAGAUUCGAGUGCGAAAGAGCACGAGAAGCUUUGAUCCACGGCAUCCGCACUAUGAUUUGUUUUCCGACUGCUCAUGGGGUGGUUGAGAUGGGCUCUAGUGUUCGCAUCAACCACGACUUGGUCCUGGUGGAGAAAAUCAAGUCACUGAUUGGUUCAUCUUCAUCAUCUAUUAGUACUGGGGAGCUUGAGAGAUCUGCAAGACUAGGAUCUGUGCAAGAGCAGCAGGACAAAGGCCUGUUCCGAGACAUGUGCAAGAAUGUCAAAGAGUUUGAUGAUUAUGAUGUUGAGAAAUUUCCAAAGUUCGAGAUUGUGAACUUUGCCAACACAAACGACAGGAAUGACACUGCGAAAAUUCAGAAAGUUGGAAAGAAAAGAGGAAGAAAGCCGAGCGUUGGGAAGGACAGACCGAUCAACCACGUGGAGGCCGAGAGGCAGCGAAGGGAGAAGCUUAACAGCAAAUUUUAUGCGCUCAGGGCGGUGGUACCACACGUGUCGAAAAUGGACAAGGCGUCCCUUCUUGGGGACGCAGUUAGCUACAUAAAUAAUCUCAGAACAAAAGUGGAGGAACUAGAAUCCCAAGUCUUGAUGUCCCCGAAGAAUCAUCCUCCUCCUCCGCCUCCUCCGCAGCAUCUCAAUGCUAGUAGCACAAGCACCGGUACUGUGAGUGACUUUGAAGAAGCAACUGCAAUCAGUACUGAUGAUGAUGAAGUGGAGGUUAGAUUGGUAGGCACAGACGCGAUGAUCCGGGUACGAUGCAAAAACACUAAUCAUCCGGGUGCAAAACUGAUGGAUGCAUUGAGGCAGCUGGAACUGCAAGUAAACCACGCCAGCAUGUCUAGCUUUGACCACUUGAUGCUCAUUGAUGUUGUGAUUAAAGUUCCCUCCAGGGGCUGUCUGCAAACCGAAGAUGCACUCAGACGAGCCAUUCUUUCUUCAUUUUCAACCAGCACCUAGCCAAAUUACUUCAUUAAGUGCAGCCGUAUUAGCCGACUAUCGGGAUCUUGUAAUCAAUAUUUGACAUAACUUCGUUAGUCCGCAAAGUAGUAGCCAGUGUUCCGACGAUACCGUAAUUGUCGAGCCAAGUACUUGUAAAUGCUAAUAUAGAUGUGAAUUCCAGUUUAUGAAUACA